AUGGCGGACAGUGAAUCCAUUAAGAAAAUGUUGCGGUCUGUACUCCAGUCAUUUAAGGACGGCGUGUCUAUCAAUAACCUCCAGUCAAAGUACCGGUCACUGUGUGGAGAGACAAUCCCGCUGAAGAAGCUGGGCUUCUCAAACAUGGAGGACUAUCUCAGAAGCAUUCCCUCUGUGGUGCACCUAAAAUACCACAUGGGUGAGUUAAGGUGCUUUGCUGUAGUGUGUCAAGAGACGGCCCACAUUGCAGAGCUGGUUGCCAGGCAGAAGAGCGCCAAGAGAGGUGGUCGCUCCAAAGUCGUCAACUGUGAGAUGAGGUUCAAAGCUUCCAACCCUUACAUGCUGAAUGCGGCACCAAGGUCCUCUCUCCGCCAGCCUGUUAGUGCUUCCAACUGGUCAGCAAACCGUUCUCGGAACCAUUGUGGUUUCAGAGGCUUCAGUGCCCAAGGAGACUACAGGCGGUUGGACCAAAAGCUCAGCUCAGUCACCCCUGUUGAACACAGACAUCCAUUUCCUCAACCAGCUUUGAAACGUUACUGCCGUGUUGCCAACAGGAAAGAGAAGAGCUUGGCAAAUGGCACAAAAAUCAACAUACAAACUGUGUCGCACAACACUGAACAUAGUCUGUAUGAUGUGGCGCUAGUGCAGAGCAGAAUGACUCAACUCCUGUCGAAGUACUGCAGUGGAAUGUGGAUGUCAAAACUGUCAGAGGUCUACGGUCUAAUGUUCGAACAGAAGCUCCAUCCUCAGGUGCUCAUAGACGUGGAGGGGUGGACACACAUCUGUCAGGUGGAGAAACCUCCUAUUUCCAGCAGAGCUGAUCGGCUGAUCUACCCUCCUCUGCCGCCCAAGCCCCCUACAGUCCCUGUUAAGAGCACCGCCUCCCCAACAGCAUCACAGAUCAAUUCAAGCACUGUCACCAAACCCACUUCUUUGUGCCCCUCCAGACCUGAACAGCUUGCUUCACCUCUGUUGAAGGUUGUGUUGAACCAGUCAUUGAAUUCUGCCUCUUUAUGCCCCCCAAAAGUUGUUUCAGCUGAGGUGUGUCAGAGAGUACAGGAGCUUCUGUCCAAGUACAGCUGUGGUCUGUGGGCCCAUGCUUUGCCUAAACUUUUUAUGGACACAUACAAGAUGCCAUUCCCUGAGCAUGUACUGGACAACUUGUCUCUGUUGCUUGAUAUAUGCACUGUGGAGUAUCCCUUGCCACAUGACAAACGCAAGGCAAUCCUGUAUAACUCCAGCAGAGCAGACAUUGAAUCCACAGACGGCCAGGACAGCCAGCAGUACAGAAGCCAUCCCCUCCCUAGUGGUUUGGAGGUUCUGGGUCCUGUGAUUCCUCCGAAUCUAGUUGUUCCCUCAGAGCAGUACUCCUCAGUACUGGUUACUGAGGCCAAGAGGAGCAGUGCUGUCACUGUAAGGUAUGUAGGUUCGAACUACUCCCAUGCUCUGGAAGCCAUGGAGGAUAUCAUGAAUUCCUUCUACAGCCAAAGCUUCCCGCAGCAACCUCUGUCAAACCCCACUGUUGGCCAGCUUGUAGCAGUCAGAGAGGAGGAUGGAGGUGAUCUGGUCAGAGCACAGGUCAUGGAGGUUGUGGCUCCCAACAGGAUCAAGGCAUACUACAUGGACCAUGGCUUCUCUGUGGAGACCAGUGGGAAUAAUCUGCUGGAGCUUCACCAGGACUUCCUCUCUCUACCCUUCCAAGCUACUAAUGUUAGGCUUGCAGGCUUAGAGGCAUUCAGCUCCCAUGCACUGGUGCAGUCCACUCUGGAUGAGCUUGCAGUUGGAAAGAUUCUGCUGAUGGAAACAUUACAGCUGUCUGAACAGAAUGAAGUACCUGUGGCAGUGCUUUAUGAUACUUCACAGGAAGAGGACCUUAAUAUCAACGCUUCCUGCCUGAAGGCUCUGCAGGACAAGACCAUGAACAACCCUCUGACUCUGAAUGUUACUUAUCCGGAUGUGAGUGUCACAAACGUGUGUGCAGACGGCAUCAUGUACUGCCAGCUGCCAUCUCGGGGAUCAGCAAGACUGAAAAAGUUACUUGAAGAAAUGGAGGCCUACUUCAUCUCCCAGAUGACAUCUGAUUACCUGGUGUCCAGACCCUUCAAUGGCAAGUUCUGUCUAGCUCGCUAUAAAGGAAAGUGGGCCAGAGUGGAGAUCACCAGCAUGUAUGACACCAGAGUGAUGGAGAUCGUCUUUGUUGACUUUGGUGUCCCAGCAACUGUAGAAGUCACUGAUCUUCGAGAGAUCCCCCCUCUUUUUCUGAAACAGCUCACCCUCAUUCCACCACAGGCAAUUAAAUGUCGCCUGGCUGACCUCACUGUUCCAGAGGGAGACUGGAGCCAAGAGGCUGUUCUGUGGUUGAAGGAUGCUGUCUUAGGCUCUGAAGACUGUAAAAUGAAGAUUGUGAAAUUAGAUCAACACAAAGGGGAUAAGUUGGUCUACAUGUACCUGUUCAUCGGCAAAGACAGUCAGGAACUGAACAAGAGCUUCAACCGUCAGCUGGUCCAGUUAGAGUUGAGUCGGAAAGUCAGCAGCACAGGUAAUGCCGCACAUCAAAAAAAAACAAAUUCACUCUGGGUCUGAGACGGUCUCUCUGCUCUAAUGGAGAGGUUGACUCUGAAAAGCCCAGUCCCAAACACCACUGUCAAAUCCUCAGCCCAGCCAUGUCACAGAACUGAAGAGGAUACAACCACCAAAACUAGGAUGCAGCCACUUUCAAUGCCUCCUCCACUGGAACUCCCCCAGCUUGGCCAGAACAUGGACGUGUUUGUGCCAGUGGCCUGCCACCCUGGUUACUUUGUGCUGCAGAUGUGGCAGGACAUGCAUAAGCUGGGGGUUUUGAUGGGGGAGAUGAUGCUUUAUUACAACCAGACGGGGAAGACCAACACAGUCCCGAACAUCCAGAAAGGAGAGGUGUACGCUGCCAAAAUAGACAAAAGUUGGCACCGUGUGCAGGUGAAGGCCAUUCUGGCUAACGGCUUGGUUUCUGUCUACGACCUGGACCACGGUAAACAUGAGCUGGUCAGUACUACUCUCAUCCGGCAGCUGAUAGAGGAAUUCAGACAGCUGCCUUUCCAGGCUAUUGCUGCACAGUUGGCAGGUGUGACACAGCGUCAGUGGUCAGAGGAGACCUCCAUGUUGUUCAGAAACCACGUGGAGAAACGAGCGCUGGUAGCCCAGGUGGAGAGUGUUCAAGAAGGGUCGGUGGUCAAAGGUGAGCUGUGGGCGUGCAGGUUGACGGUUUACCUGGUGGACACCACAAUGGAGGACAAGGACCUUUGGAUACACAUCAUCAUGGCUGACAUAGAUGAUGAACUGUCUUUGGCUGCUUAGGAUGUGUCCAAAAGUACGGUGGUAAAUGAACCAGAAGCCAGACUCCUUUAAUGUUAUUCUAAGUUGAACAAACAGUGUUUUUUUUUUUGUUGUUCCCUUGAGUUAAGUCAAAUAUUUGGAGCAUGUUUUGUGUUUGUUAUCCACGGCCUUCCCCACCUAUUUAAUUUGAUGUUUGCUGUGCCUUAUGCAUGCAAUGGUGUUGGUCAAUUUGCACUUCUUUGUACAUGUAAAUAUGUUUUACAGUCAUACGCCAGCAUAACUUGCAUGACUGAAACAAAUAAGUUGUAGUAUUUGUAGUGUUGUUAGAACAAAAAGCUGGUCACAAGCAUUUGAAUUAAAAACAUGGAGGUGUACAUUGACUUAAAGCAGAUUACUGUCAAGUUUAAGUUCGAAACUGUGCAUGGCUGGGCCGGUGUUCUGGCAAUUUGAGCUGCUCUCUCAGCAGUAAACCAGCACAACAAUGUACCUUUCAGUAUCUGUUUUGUCAAGCCCAGAAUACCUUUGAAAAUAGGAGCAUGGAUGGGUGAAGCGAAAUGUAGGUGUUCUGUCUGGUAAAAAAAAAAAAAAAGAACAGAAACUUCAAAGAUGAAAGGGAAAAAAAAAAGAAAAUCUGGAAAUUUCCUCUAUCAGGAAAUGUGUGUAGGACCUACCCGCACUAGAUUUGCUUUCAAAGGUGUUUUAGUCGAAUGACAAAACUAACGCAGUGUGCUUGUUUUUUUCAUAGUACUUGUUGUCUGACUG